CUCUCUCUUUCUUUCCUGGCGUGGCUUCUCUUCGCCUUCCGCUUCUGCAAAACACACGAGCCACUUCCUCUAGUCAAGCAAGUUUUGUCCUGGAUGGGAAACUACUUGCUUUUGCUACCCCAAAAAAGUUGAGCCAACUUUGCCAGUGAUGAAGCCCCGCCGACUCUUCAUUGUCAUGAAAGGCUUUAUGGGAGAAACAACUGCAGGAGAAGAGGUGAAGGUAUCCAAAGGCAGCCUCUUGAGCCAAGAAGACGCCCAAGGAAGCUCCCCAGAUGGAACAUUUCUGGCCAAGAUUGUGGACACAGAAAAAAUGGUCUGGGUGCCUCCAUGGGCCACUUGGGAGCUGAGCGGGUCCCAGUCGGGUCUCCUGGAGGCGGUGACCAAUGGAGACGAACGUCUGGCUCUCCUCAAACAAGAGCGGUUGAUGCGCCGACUGAGCACCCUUCGGAAAGGGGACCGGGUCAAGGUUCAAAUCACGUCCGCCUCCGGGCGGAAAGUUCAGGGCAUCAUCCGAUACCGGGGACCCAUCGACAAGAGCAAGCAUGAUACGAGUGUCAUCUUUGGAGUGGAGCUGGUGGGUUCUGCUGCUGGGAGAGGCUUCACCGAUGGUUCCUUCAAAGGACAGAAGUUCUUCUCUUGCCGGGAAAACUGCGGCGUCUUUGUGCCUGCCAAUCGAAUUGAGCCAGACGACUCGCCAGAGGGCAGCCCACCAGCACCUCCGAGAGACCGGACCCGGGAAUGCGCUCGGAUCCAGCUGACAUCAGGAGACCCCUUGUCCUCUCCGGGGUUGGAGAUUGGGGACCGUGUCUUCUUCAGGAUGGAGGACAGCACCCCUACCGGCACCGUGGUGUACUGUGACCAUCUUCCCAAGAAAUUGGAAACCGGGGUCUUCGUAGGGAUUCUUUUGGACCAGCCAGUGGGUUCAUGGGAUGGCCACUUCAAAGACCACGUCCUCUACCGUAUGCCGUCUCCAGAGUUUGGGAUGCUUCUUCCAAUUUCUAAAGUAUUUAAAGAACAAGUUGAUAGAAGUCCUGAGAUAUUGGCCAACCGUUCAUCUCCAUCCAUCUCAGAGGAAUAUGAGGAUCACUUGUCCUUGUCCUCCAUCCGUUACCCUCCCAGGAUGGAGGAGUGUUCUCCAAAGGAAAUCCCAAGAGGAAUCCUUUCUGAUGAUCCACAGAAGAAAGAAGUGGGAACUUCAGAGCUGGAACAGAAUGAAGAGGAAAAGGAAGAAGAGGAGGAAGAGGAUGAUGAUGAUGACAGUGAUGAACAGUAUAACCACCAUCUCCUAGAAAUCAACUCCGUGGUGGAGGUUAACAACCCACCAAUCUAUGGGGUGAUCCGCUGGAUUGGGAAGCUGCCUGAUGUAGCCGAGACCAUUGCUGGGCUGGAGCUGGAGGAGCCACUGUCUUCAGGCUGUACCGAUGGGCAAUACCGAGGGAUUCGCUAUUUCCACUGCCAGCCAAACAAAGCACUGUUUAUCAAGUUACGCCGUUGUCGUCCCGAUUCUCGGUUUGGUGCUGUGCAGCAUCUAGAGAAUCCUGUUUUGCGAUGCAACUCCCUGGAUUUCCGGGUCUAUGCCAGUGCGCGAGUGGAAGAAGACACACCUCCACCUCCAUUGGGCGAUGAGGCCUUGGAGCAUCUCUCGGGAUGGAAGAAGGGCAUUCAGGGGCAUUGCAAUUCCUGCUAUCUGGAUGCCACUCUUUUCUGUAUGUUCACUUUUACUUCUGUGUUGGAUUCGAUGCUCCUCCGCCCAGCAGACAAAAACGACGGGGAAUCUUACACGGAGACUCGAGAUCUGCUCCGAACAGAGAUAGUCAACCCUUUGCGCAAGAACGGCUACGUCUGUGCUACCAAAAUCAUGGCUCUACGGAAGGCUUUGGAAAAAGCUGGGCAUUCCUCAGGCUUCACCAGCGAGGAAAAAGACCCAGAAGAAUUUCUUACCCUUCUGUUCCGGGUACUGAAAAUGGAGCCACUCUUUCAGAUCCGCUCGGCUGGUCAAGAUCCCCACGGCUGCAUCUUUUACCAAAUAUUUGUUGAGGACCACCCACCUCAAGUAGUGCCCACAGUGCAAGAGCUUCUGGAGGGGUCUUUGGUCACUGGAGACCUCAAGUUCACAGAGGCCCCCUCCUGCCUCAUCCUCCAGAUGCCACGGAAUGGAAAGAACUUCAAGGCCUUCCGCACCAUUCAGCCCAGCCUGGAACUUGACCUCACUGACCUCCUAGAAGAAACGCCUCGGGAGUGCUCAAUCUGCCAAGAAUUGGCUGUGAAUGAAUGUCUGGAUUGCUAUGGAGACCCCAGCUUUGGCAUUCAACGCAUCAAACAGUUCUGCAGGGUUUGCAGUCAGCAGGUCCACAAGCACCGUGCCCGCCGUAGCCACCAUCCGCGCCCUCUGCAUCUGCCCAAGGAACUCUCCCCCUCUGGGUCCCUGCCAGAAAUAAUUCCUCGGCAGACCAUGCAGCUCUUUGGUGUCCUUUGCAUCGAGACCAGCCACUAUGUAGCUUUUACCCGGCAAGGCCCAGAUGUCCACCAAUGGCUCUUCUUCGACAGCAUGGCUGACCGUGAAGGUGGCCUGAAUGGCUUUAACAUCCCACGUGUCACACCCUGCUCAGAGGUGGCAGACUACUUAGAAAUGUCCCCAGAGGAGCUUCGGAGCCUGGACCCCAAAUCCUUGCCCGCUUGUGCCCGACGGCUGCUCUGUGAUGCCUACAUGUGCUUCUACCACAGCCCUUCCCUUGGCCUCUACAAAUAACUGCCUGGACGGAAGAAUGUCACAUUUCCAAGAGAGCAAAUGCAAACUCUGGGACUGCAGAGAUCUCUCACUGUCAACCUGAGGCCUUUGAUCAAAAAAGAUUGUGUCCUGGCAUGGUAAAUUAUCCAGAAACAACUGUUCCGGCUGCAUGCCAGAUUGGGUUUGCCAAGUUCCUUAGAAUGAAUUUUACAAAACAUUUAAACUAGAAGCACUUUCACAGUAGAGACUGAGCAUCCUUUAUCCAGAAUUCCAAAAUUCUCCAAAACAGUCUGCAUGGCUAGCUGAGAGGGUCACAUUUUGGCUUUUUGAUGAUUUUGUGUACAUGAACUUUUUUCAUACAGAACAUUAUUAAAAACAUCGUGUAUGCAUCUA